AUGUCUGUCAAGAACUUUGUCGAAGAGACUAUCAGCUCGCACAAGAUUGCCGUCUUUUCGAAAUCCUACUGCCCUUACUGCAAGCGCGCAAAGACGUUGUUCAAGGACAAGUACCCCGAUGUGGAUAUUGACAUCAUUGAGCUCGAUGAACGCGAUGACGGAAGCGACAUACAGGAGUAUCUCCGUCAAAAGACGGGUCAAGGCACCGUGCCUAACGUAUUUAUCAAUCAAGAGCACAUCGGUGGGUGCGAUGACACGAUGGCGCUGCAGAGUUCAGGAAAGCUCGCUGGAUUGAUUGCAGCUUAA